UCUGACUUCAUCUGUCUUCAUGAAAGGGUCUUUCACCUCCUGCACACGUAGUGAGAGGAAGGGAGGAGGAGGAGGAGGCAGUGAGGGUGGGAGUGCAACUAAGGCAACUCAUUUUACAAACAACGUGCAAGCUGCACAUGUGAGGGUGGUGGCGAGGUCAGAGACAACCUCCAGCUUUCACAGCCCUCACAGGAACAGGAACCCAUCUUCUGCUGGCAGGCGAGGACCAAGACUUCAGUUAGACUUCCACACAGGUGGAGAAACAGGAGCGCUGAUCUGAGCUGAGAGUAAUGACAUGAAAAAACAGGAACAGAGGAGACCGUGAGGGAUCGAAAACCUUGUUGAAUCUGCAUUUCUGUGUUUUUGUUUUGCUGAACUGUGAGGCUCACAGGUUGAGCCUCCAGUUGUUAGRUGACUCUGCUGUGAUGGAGGACUUUUCUCUACUGGCCCAAUGAUUUCCACUCCUGCCUUUGGCUGAUUGCUGGCAGCCUAGGAUGGAAGACCCGGCAAGUGCUGYUCCGAGCCACCGUGACACCAUCAACCUCUUCUGCCUCCCCUCCUCUGAACUCACUGACACACCCGAACCGACACCACCAGGCAGGCAAGGCCCACUGCAGGUUGACCAGGUUCCAGGAUGUUUGURAAUUUCCGCCGGAUUCGAAAAUGCCAGUUGGUGCAGCUGAUGACCACCUGUCUGCUGCUGUCAGUGGCGAUGGUUUGCUGGGAGCAGCUGGACUCAGUUGUUGUCAGCCACGUCAAGUCCUACUCCUUCCGCUACCUGGUCAACCGAUUCACCAACGUCAACCRGAGCCUCACCAUCCCACGUGAGCAGGCCAGGAGCUUCAGCAACUUCCCCUACCUGUUGGACCACGCUGACAAGUGCACCGGCAAAGAUGUCCUCCUSCUCGUCUUUGUCAAAUCGUCCCCAGACAAUACAGAGAGGCGAAACGCCAUCAGGUCCACAUGGGGUAAUGAGACCUACAUCCAGAACACCCUGGGGGUGACGAUUAAGGUGGUGUUCGCCUUGGGAGCCAUUCGGCCUAAGACAGGAGGGCCUUCGUGGAGCAUCAGGAGUGGAGCAGGCCUCCAGGAGCAGCUCGUCCAGGAGAAYGAGCUCCAUGGGGACUUGAUUCAGAAAGACUUUUUGGACUCCUUCCACAACUUAACCCUGAAGCUGAUCAUGCAGUUCCACUGGAUGCACAAUCGCUGCUCCCACGCCCGUUUCUUCAUGACUGCUGAUGACGACGUCUUUGUCCACACGCCCAACCUGGUGAGGUACCUGCAGGACACGAGCCACAGGGGCGYCACAAACUUCUGGAUCGGUCGAGUACACACGGGGGCGCCGCCUGUCCGCAACAAGGACAGCAAAUACUACGUUCCCUAUGAGAUGUACCAGUGGUUGGCCUAUCCUGACUACACAGCUGGGGCCGGCUACGUUGUCUCCAGUGACGUGGCGGACAAAAUCUACCACGCCACGCUCACCCUGAACGCCUCUUUUUACAUCGACGAUGUGUUCAUGGGCAUCUGUGCCAAUGCUGUGAAUGUGUCACCACAGGAGAACGUCUAUUUCUCAGGGGAGGGGAAGGCAAUUUACCACCCGUGUAUCUACAGUCGCAUGAUGACAUCACACAGCCACGUAGAGGACAUUUAUGAUUUGUGGACGGCAGCGACACACCCGCAGGUGAAGCAGGGGACAUCUGGACUCUUUGGACAGCUGUACUGUACAGCUGUAAGAAUGGCUCUUCUUUGUAAACCUCACUUUUUUGACACCUACCCUUGCAAAGCUGCAUUUUUGUAAAAAAUAAACUUGUGUGUAUAAGAGGAAGUAAAAAUGUGUCCUAUAAUAUAAUUAGACACAUUUUUUAACAUUACCUCAGUCCUUUCAGUUGAACAUUUAUACCAAACCACUGUGCUMAUUUCUGCAGAAGAAGCUGGAGACACAGCUGUCUGUUUUACCGUCUGUGGCUUGUAGCUUCACUCACUUCCUGGCUGGGAGCUCACUGUAAAAAAUGUCAGAGAGACAGGCUUCUACAGAAAUUAUCUUUACAUGUUGUUCAAACUCAGACUUCUGACAAAUACAAUUCAGCUUUUGGUCACUAUUUCAUUUCAGACAAUAUUCUUUGUUGUCUWUGAUUUCACAACAUUCCACUAGUGAUGCUAGUGAUACAAGUACAUAAACUAUAGUGAUAAAAAAAUACGUUUUCUUUGUUCUUCUUUCCACUGCACCCUGCUGCAGGGCUCACCACAGAGUGAAUUCACAUGAAAUACUUGGCAGUUUUACAGACAGACAUUUAGGUGACCUUUCAGUGUGUGUGUGUGUGUGUGUGUGUGUGUGUGUGUGUGUGUGUGUGUGUUUAGUUUUUGUUAUAGUUUAAAAGUGUCUUUUUGAAAUAAAUUGCAGAACCAGAAGCAACAUGAAAGAAGUAAAAGUGAGUGUUAUGGAAAUAACACUACCAGUGAGAAUCUAUUAUUGCCAAUGAUAACUCAAUUAGAUCCUAUUUGCAAAAAAAAAAAAAAAAACAAAUAAAAUGUU